AUGGUUGCACUUUUCCAGGUGGAGCCCUACCAGGGAUUCUUCCGAGAUGAUUCUUCUCUAAAUGGCAUUCGUUUGCAUUGCCCAGAUGGCUCAUUCAUCACAUCCACAGUGGGACUAUGCAUCAGAAAUAAGAUUUCUUUUCUCUAUGAUAUCCUGGUGAAAGAGAGGGGAGAUCUGGAUGUGGAAGCACGAAAAUACAUCUCCACUCUUACAGUGUCUAAUGGAGGGCUAUGGGGCAAAUGGGGAGAAAAGCAACUCUGCCAAAAAGGCUAUGCCAAAGGUUUUUCGCUAAAGGUGCAGUCCAUGCUGGGAGCCUUGGGAGAUGCAACUGCUCUAAAUGGCAUACGCCUGCAUUGCUCAGACGGCUCGCUCAUCACAUCCUCAGUGGGAGAGGAUGGUACCUGGUCUUACGAACAUUCAUGUUUCCUCGGCUAUCUGAUUUCAUUCUCGCUCCGAGUGUCACCACCCCAAGGAAUUGGCGAUGAUACAGCAGCCAACAACAUCAAGUUUAAAUGUGAAGAUGGACGCAAACUGGAAGGAAAUGGACCUGCAUGGGGUACAUACGGUGCAUGGAGCGAAACCUGCAUAAUGAGUGGCAUUUGCGGGAUCCAGACAAAGGUGGAGAGACCACAAGGGUUGGCUGCACUAGAUCGUACUGAACUCAAUGAUGUAAAGUUUUUCUGUUGUACCUAA